AUCGCAUAAAUCCAACGAAUAACAAAGCGUUAAUUUUUCAUUAGGAACCGCCUGCGAUGUCUACGAGAAUUCACGGUAGGUCUACUUUCACUUUGUCUCGCGUGAUCGGAGCACGGAUAUCCCGGAAGCGGCUCCAUAUGAGAUUUGAGCGCGCUCCUCCGUACCGAAGGGCUCGCCCUAGGAGUCCUAGGAUCGCGCCGUUGCACGCGCGCAAGUAAACAAGGCUGGGCCGGCCAGACGAAAAUCUGCACUCACCGUGUGGCACGAGGGAAGAGGGUUUUCUGUGAUUUUGGAUAUAUUUGUGUAAGAAAUAUAAUUGUGCAAUUACAUGAUCAGACCUAAGAAACCUCAAGUGAAGAAUGAUAUUCCUGUGGAUAGAAAAAUAGAAAUCGAGAAAAACAAAACUCAAGAUAUAGAGCGCCUUGGAGAAUAAAAGUUUAAAUAACGAAUAAAUUGCAAGAGCGCCAAGUUUCAGACAAAAACACUGAUUCAUGAACGAAUCACAGAUAUUCUGAUAAUAAUAAGAGUACAUUUUUUUCUCUAAAACAUAAUUGCUGCAACAAAUUGAAGGAAUCAUGAAUGUGAUGGAUAUUGUUUAUCUUAUUUCUUCACGAAAUAACACUUUUAUCUGGAAUGCCGAUGAUUGGUUGAAGCUUCGACGGGAUCACAGAAUAAUCGGCGAAUUAGUGGGCUCUUUUCCAAAAUUAACUAGACAAGAAAUAUUUUUAGGUCUCCCAUUGCUUUUAUUGCCAGAAGAAGUUACUCUAUUGCUUGAAAAGAAAAUCGCUUGCCUCGUAGAAUGCACGAGUCUAAAGACACAACCAGAUGAAUCAUUAAAUCAAAGAUUUCAGGAGUACAGAGAUAAACUGUUUCUGGAGCAAGGAAAUUGUCUAAAAAACAACAGAAAGAAACAGAUUACUUCUGUGAUGGACAAGAUUAUAGAAGGAAAAAAACGCAAGAUGUUAGGCUUGCAUACAAGCAAAAAGAAUAUGAGAAAACCAUUGGAUAAGAAAAUGCAAGAAGCCUUGAAUAAUAUUGAAAUCGAUACUGAAAGUUUGCUUGAAGAAGAAUUGGCUAAGUUGCCCAAACUGAAAAAAAGUGAUGCACUCGUUCAAAUACAUACAGCAUAUCCAUGGUCUAAUAAAGAUGAUAUAAAAAUAGUGGAAUGGAAAUAUCCGCUUACAUCUGAUCAGCAACUUAAGUAUAAGGUAUAUAAAGAUCUUUGGGAGAGGCAAUAUUACAUCACCAGUGGAGAAAAAUUCGGUGGCGACUUUCUGGUAUAUCCAGGUGAUCCAAUAAUGUUUCAUUCACAAUAUAUCAUACAAUGUAAACGUGCAGACGAAGAGAUACCUAUUACGGAUGUUAUUGCUCAGUGCAGACUCAGUUGUCAUGUUAGAAAAACAUUGGUGUUUGCUACGUAUCACGAAGAGGAAGAUAUAGUGAAAUAUCAAUCUUUUCAGUGGACAGAAUGUAUUGCAUUAGAAGACAGCUGAUAUAAUAUUUUAUUUAAAAAUAUUUAUAUUUUAUUAUUAUUAUGGAUAUUUUCAUUGUUUUUUUUUCGAGAUGUGAUUUUUGUAGAUGUCUACAUAUAAUGCAUGUUUCAUAAAAUUGUGAAACGUGCACUACUUACAGAUUAAAGAAAAAUUAAUUCUAAUUAUAUUUCAACUUGGAAACUUCUAUUAUAAACUGUUAGUAAAGAUUAGAAUAAUCAAUUUUAUAUGAUAUUCUAUCCACAUUUAUAGUCAACAGCAUUACAAUAUAUUUAUUAAAUAUUAAGAUUUUAAG